AUGGUUUCCCAAGCUCAGAUCGUUGAUUGUACAACCGUCCAAAGCACUGCUUCAUUAGUAUCACGUCCCUCUAGCAGACGACACCGUUCCAGUCGCUCGUACCAUGGCAGCUCCUCGCAUCUCUCCUCGAACGAUUUCCCCAUCUUCACAUACACGGGUGACACCGAGAUCGUGAUCCGCGCCGGAUCCCAGGAAAGGCGUUAUCUCCUUCACAGAUUGAUAUUAUCACAGUGCUCGGGCUUCUUUGAGGUGAGUAUCAACGAGGACUGGUCGCGUCAAACGACUUUGGAUCCGUCUAAACCGGAUGGGACGCUGUCGCGACUGAGCGAGGACGAUGAUCUGUCGAACGGGUCAACACUGGCAUCAUCUGAUAACGAUGCAGUCUUGAUGCGACCAGGAGAAAAGAGACGCUGGCGUUAUGAACUUGACUGGGAGAAUCGCGCAGAGGACGAAGAGGCGAUCCUUGUCCAAAAGCAGCCGACCUAUGCCCCCAUAUCCACUGGUGAUCUAGCUGUAUUUCCUUCAAAGAUGACCAAACCGUCCAACGCCCAGGCAGGUUUCAUUCGAUCUAUGGCGAACCUCGCAGGGAUGCAGUCGGCAGCCCACUUACCGCAGACCGGGGAACAUGCUGUUGCGGUCGAUCCCUUAAUACGUGACUAUGACAAUUUACUGCGAAUAUUUUACAAUCAUGCCCCCAUUGUUAACGGUGUCAAUAUCGCCUCAGCAUAUACAGAGUGCAAAUCCCUCCUCGCGUUGGCAGAUAUGUACGAUGCGCUUCCGGUGACAGGGCCCCGUGUGGACCACCACCUACUCGGCUUCGGAUCUCGCCUAUUCAAACAGAUCGCCAAAUAUCCGCCCAGCUAUUUGAAGUUGGGAUAUCUCGCCCGCAGCAAGGUUAUUUUCUCCGAAGCCUUAAUUCAUGUUGUCGGCCAGUGGCCUGCUGCCCUACCAAGUCUGCGAAACGGCUCCUAUGCACCUCUACCAGACUCCGUCAUAGAUCUGAUCGAGGACAAAGUAGAAGAUCUCGAUGAGCUUAAAGCGCGCGUUGAAUCUAAGCUUCUGCGCCUAACCCUUACCACCUCGCGCGGCGAACGUGUCGGCCCCUCAAACGCGUAUCUGGACUGGCUCGCCGUAUGCCUAUUCCGCCAAUGGCUGAUAGAAAACACUACGCCGCCGCCACCUCCCAUUCUUAAGAACUCGGGUCCAAGCGAUGGUCCCACCCAACCUACCGCAUCAGCGUCACAUCCGGCAAGUACGUCUCGAUCAACCACCUCCCCAGACCCGUGUGCGCGCAUCUACAGAUUGAUCGGCUCCUCCUCCGCGCGGGCAUACCUGGCCUACGAUGAUCUAAAGCGCUUUCUCAAACUUCAUCCUACAUCCUCCGCUGGCUCGCUUUACACGCGCGAGACUCUAAAACGCUUCGAGCGCAAGGUGGAUGAGAUGAAACGCCUGGCACGUGAUAUAGUCAAGCCACUCAUGCGUAAUUUCCUCGAGUUGGAGCUGAAAAGCCCGGAGCAGACAAUCGCUGCCACCGCUGGUCCUCGUGAGAAUGCUCCGGCAGGAUUACCAUAUCUGACAUGCACCCGUGUUGAAGAGAUCGAUCUACCUUGGAACAUGGCCUGA